CGCAUGCGUAUCAUGUACCACGUGUUGAAACAAACAUGGCGGGGUAUCCCCUGGAUUUCUCGCAAAACGGCGAAGUUCUGGCUUAUUCAAGCCCGGACGGAGUUCUUAAGCUAUGGGAUUCAUCAACGGGACAAUUAAAUAAAGAGUACACACCAAGCUCUCACCUGUCAGCGACAUGCAGCUGCCUGUCAUGGGGCCCAGGACGGCACUUGUCGGGCACUCCAAAGAGAAAAAGAAGAAAGAAGUCAAGUGGUGGAAUGGAAGAAAUUGAGGAUCUUGACCUCAUAGCAAUUGGAACAACCAAUGGGAAUAUUCUUUUGUACAGUGUCGCCAAAGGAGAUAUCCACACUCAGUUUGAUGAUGGUCACACAGACACAGUCAAUGGCAUAUGUUGGCACCCAGAAGCCCCAACCUUGUACAGCUGCUCCAGCGAUCACAAUGUCAUCGAGUGGGAUGUUGUCACAGGCAAAGUUAAACAGAAGUGGAAGGCCGACAAAGGCGGAGUAUAUUGUGUGUGCAUGUGUUCACACAGUCAUCUCCUGACAGCUGGGAGGUCAAUCAAGGUGUGGGAAAUUCAUACCCGGCAGCUGUUAAAGAGUUUCACUGGCCAUGCGACAGAAGUAUUCAGACUGAUUUCUGUUCCUUUAAUUGGGGAAACUGCUCCAAAACCAAAUUCAGCCGAACAUUCAUACUUCCUGUCAGCUGCCCGCAACGACCGAGUCAUUAAUGCAUGUACUGUUCAGAAUGAACUUUGUUUAUUUCAGUCCAUUUUGUUAGCGGUUGUAACAAAGAGUGGUCAAGUGCUCGUGUUUGAACACACGUUAAAUGGGAGGUUAAAAAAGCCACUUCGCCCAAAGGUUAAGAUACAGCUGGUGACAGCUGGUGGUGGUGUAAGGGAGGACACACCACGGCCGAUUCCGGUGCUCUCAGCUCACAUUCAUGGAGGGGAGGAGAAGAGUUUGUUGCUAGCCCAUGGAAGCUACCUCAAACCAACUUUUGAGAAAGUGGCAUACGACCCCUCACAGCCUGAAGUGUGUCUUAUCAGGGAAGACCCACUGAGAACUGCCUUUAAGAAAGAUGGAGGUGUUUCUAAGAUCCGGACACCAGGCGUCUCGAAGGAAGCCACAGUACUGGUGCCAGCCAACAUGGUGCCCAAAGACCCCAGUUUAUCUGCUGACAAAAGGCGGAAAAGACAAAACUCUGUCGGAGAGCUGACAAUGGAGGAGCGUCUCCAUGCCAUCAGCUUGGACAAGAGUGACACCAAAGGAGGGGCUUCUGCACCCCCCACUGCUGAGAGCGUUGUACAUCUCCUCACACAAGCAUUGCAGAGUAAAGACAAGAAACUGCUUAGUACUGUGCUGCAUCGAAGCGGAGAGAAGGUGAUACAGAAGACAAUACGGAAGCUCCCCAUAGUGUGUGUGCUUCCCCUUGUACACGAGUUGUCCAAGAGAAUGGAAGGACACCCACAAAGUGCCAGUAAAAGUGUGAAGUGGCUGAAGACAGUGAUGGCAGUGCAUACAUCAUAUCUGAUGACAUUCCCGGAAAUUGUUGACAAGCUGAGCUCACUGUAUCAGAUGAUGGAUGCUCGAGUUUCCAUGUUCUCCAAGUUGUCACGGUUACAGGGCAAACUUGACCUUGUCCUGACACAGAUCACGUCACAUGACCAGGAAGACGAAGAGGAUGCUGGGAAAUCCCAGCAACCAUUGUUGUUAUAUCAGGAUGAGUCAUCUGAUGAAGACUUCCCAAUGGAGGACAUCCUUCCCAGUGGAUCUGGGGAGGACUGGGAUGAUCUGUCCGAGAUGAGCUCCGAUGAAGUGGAGACUAAUGGGAAAAAAGAAGAAGAGGGUGUAGAGUCUGAGGAGGAAGAUGAUGAUUCAGGGGAAGAGGAGGAGGAAGAAGAAGAAGAUAUGGGAUAGAGAAAUUUGAAAAACCUAAAGAACCAGUAAAAUCAGUGCAGUUGACUACAUAAACUGUAGCCUGAGGGUAUUAAGAAGCCUUGUGGGAAGGAGAAAGAUAUGAAUUUCCAGAUUGCUGGUCAGUGUGGUGGCUGUAUGGAGAAGACUGGGAGGAAAGAGGCAAUCAACCAUGUGGGCCAACACACAGCAAUCUUACAUACAGAGUCGUCUCACUUCACAUCCUGAUUUCCUUCCACACUAAACUGAAAUACUGUUUAAAGUGACAUUAAACCAGACAUACACCCAGCAUGAAGUACGUGUUGGAGUAAUAUUGUUUCGUGGCAGAAAUGCCCGUGCCUCCUUGUAUCUGCAAGAUGGCAGCCCAUGUAAUCGGGCAAGCUCAUUAAGGCUGGACUUGACAGGUCGUUGACUAGAAUAAACCUUGCCCAGUGCUUGAAUACUGUCUUCAUUUCUUGACGUUUGGCUGGUGAACUUUGGUCAGAAGUGAAGGUGACCAAUAUUUCAUGCAUCAAGUAAGAGCAGUGACCGACCACAAAGUACUCGUGUCAAGAAGCGUUAAUAACCAUCAGGUGCUGGGAAUGAUUGUUGAUGUGAGUAAUACUUGUUAAAGCAUGGUUGUUUGUAUGGUGAAUGUCAUGCCAGAAUAGCAACAUUGAAACCUGGUAAUUAAAUUCUGUUACUUAAGAAUGUUCAAAUUAACUCCUUAGCAAUGACAGUGUCUCUACAGCAUGAUAUUUGCAGGAGAAAUGGUUCGAUGUGUGUACAAACUUAUUUUGCUUAGAAACUGUAUGAAAUGUCCUUGUGAAGUAAGUUCAGAUUUUCUUGAAGCCUAAUGUUCUGUGAUGUAUAGGCUUGCAAAGACUAAAUAAUUUAGUAAUGCAAUAUAUAAAGCUUCAUUCCUGUACUGAUGAUCAGCUUAGUGAAGUUAGGUUUUUGUAAGAAUGUGCAAUUGACAAGAAUUGUUUGUAAACACAACAUGAUCUACCUGUACUUGUUACUCUGAUCUGGAGAUCCAAAGGUAGAGAAUAAACUUUGUUCAAAAUGUGGGAACUCAAACUUCUUAGUAGUUGCCAGACAUCUGUAUACCCUUCAACAUUAAAAUGUGUAGUCAACUCAAGAAAAUAUGGAAUCAUGUAAAUUUCUAGGCUUUGCAGUCACUAAUUGGGUAGAUAUUGUUACUUUGUGGUGAUCAUAGAAUCCUCUUUUGCCUCACUGUAAAUGGAUAUCCUGUUUUUUAGAUUAAAUCACUGCUGUGGUACAAUGUGAAUAGGAUAUUUCCCAACGAGGAUGGCCCUUUAUUGUUAAAUUGUGGGUCCCUUUGUGUAAUCUUUCUGCUGCAAGUGUGUUGAAUGAGAAUCAAGUUCAGUUUCACCAUCUUGGAUCUUGUAUCCCAAAGCAUACGUGUGCAGUUCAUCUUGAAUGAUCCGAAUAUGUCAACAUAUAUGCCUCCUGCAGCAGAAACAAUACAAUCAGGUGUCCUGUAUCCAUAUCCCAGAGGCUGCUUCAGGUUUUGAAGAUGGUAUAUUUUGUUCCUUAUGUACAUGUGACAAUUAAAUGUAUGCUGAAGGACCAAAACAUGACUAUUUUGAACUGAGGUAGCUAGAUUUAAACUCUCGUCUUUCAUUCAUUUUCAAAUUACAAUCAUAAGGUCAAUGAUUGUCACUGACUCUUAACAACAAUAAACCAUACAAACUACA